AUGGAGGGACCAUUAUGUUACAGAUGCCAGAAGCCAGGCCACAGAGCCGCUGAUUGCUCAGAGGAGGAGGUUUGCCGUAGCUGCAAGCAACCAGGCCAUUAUGCCCGCGACUGUCCAACACCAGGCGAGAACACUGGUCUAAAGUGCUACGGAUGCAACCAGUAUGGUCACGUCCAGAGGGCCUGCCCAAACCAAGCGCAGUCCAGAAGAUGCUACAAGUGUGGCGGCGUUGGCCACAUGCAGUCCACCUGCCCAUCCGCUGAGGGCGGCGGCGGUAGCGGAGGUCGUGGAGGUUACAGCGGAGGCGGCGACAGGAAGUGCUACAACUGUGGCAAGCCUGGCCACAUCUCCAGAGACUGCCAGGAGCAGAGCAACUAG